AUGUUCGGAGGAGCUGAGACACUGCCAGCGGAGUUGGUGGCCAACGACGACGACAGCGAGGCGGCCACUGAAGGGGACGUGAUCGGUGAGGAAACGGCAUGGGCGGCGGAGACAAAGGUCAGCUGUUCCUGGGACUGCUGGCCACCGUUGACGUUGGCUGUGGAGCUAACCGUUGCUGCGUCCACCAUUCCACCUAGAACACAGGACACACUACAAUACGCUUAG